CAAGCUGUUUAUACAAAGACAAAAGCAUUUUGUCCCGUCUACUUUUCCGAGAAAUACACAGCAUAUAUAUCCCAACUAAACCAAUUGCAGCUUCCUUUAUCAAUUUUCAAUCGCCUUCAAAGGGUUUAUUUAUUCUUGACUUUGUUUUAGUCAAAAAGCUGAGCUACUGAAAUCGAUCAAGUUUUUGGUUUUACUGUUUGAUCUGCAGGAAAAAGGAAUCAGAUUUCAAUGGGUUGUUGAAGAUAUCUCUAGAAACUGAAUUUCUUUUAAGGGUAUCUGAAUGGAUAAGAAUAAUGGAGUUGCUGAUUCUAAUGAUGGUCAGUUAUUGCGUGACAUUGAGGAAAUAAGUAAAGCCCUUUACUUGCAGAAACCUUCAUCAACUGCUUUGAUUACCACAUCCAAUGUUAGGUCUAAAUCUGCUGGCAAAGCCCAUCUUUCAGAAUCAAAAUCAAAGCAGAAUUCAAGAAACCUUUAUAAUGAUGUGAUGCAUAAGGAAAAGAAAUCAUCUUCAUCAUCAUUAUGGAAUUGGAAGAAGCCUUUUAAAGCAUUAACUCAUAUCAGGCAUCAUAGGUUUGAUAUUUGUUUCUUUCUCCAUGUGCAUUCUAUUGAUGACUUGCCUGCCUUCUUAAAUGACUUGAGCUUAUGUGUGCAUUGGAAGAUGAAGGAUGAAGUAUUGUCUACUCGUGCAGUGAGGGUUGUGGAUGGAAUUGCUGAAUUUGAAGAGACAUUAAUGUGUCAAUGUUGUGUGUAUGGUAGUAAAAGUGGGCCUCGUAAUUCAGCAAAAUACGAGGCCAGGCUUUUCGUGAUCUAUGCAUCCAUUGUUGGCGCUUUGGGGAAUGAUAUAGGAGAGCAUUGGAUUGAUCUCACAAGGCUGUUACCACUUACUUUGGAGGAUUUAGUUGGGGAGAAGAGGUCAGGUAAAUGGACUACCAGCUUUAAACUUUCUGGCAAGGCUAAAGGUGCGACUCUAAAUGUCAGCUUCAGUUUCUUGGCAACUGGGGAUGAUUUAGUUGAAUCAAGUGGCAAAACAAAUGCAUCGAGUUUUUUAAAUCUAACAGAGAAGGGGUCAAGUGCAAUGGGACACAGUGGGAUUCUUAAUCCAGACAAGGGGAAUGGGAUACUUCAACAUUUUGGGACUGUUCCGAGUAAUGUAGCCCACAUGUCUUACCUGUCACCUCUAUCUGUUGAUUUACAGUUUGGUACUGAAUUGUUGCCAAGUGUGGGACUGAAACUUUCCAAAUCAUUAGGUUUUUUAUAUCAGAAACUUAAUGAAGGGAACUUGCACAGGGUGUCAAGCUUAGAUAAAUUGUCUGAGCAUGUGGAGCCACCCAAACAUUAUUCCGAUUUUGAUGAAGUUAUAGAUGAGUAUGAAAACAUUGAGUUUUCUGUUAUUGAACAGGGUGUAGAAAUGUGUCAUAAUGAUCCAUCUAAACUUGAACAAAGUGCUAUUCAGACUAUUGAUGGCUCCACCAUUGGUAUUAUCAAUGUGGAAGAGAUCCUUAAAGAUUGUGACACUGACAUUGAUGAGGAAGCAGAACAGCUUUUAGAUGUCUACUGCUCCAGUGUUUGCACGGAGGAGGUUGGGGUAGAUGAAUGCAUACAGGAAAAAAGUGCUAUACAUUCAAAACCAAUGACUUUAGGGGGGCUGGAGUCAGAUUUUGAUGACAUAUUGAUUACAGAAUCUUCAUCUGCUUUGGAUGAGUUCAUUGAGCAUGAAAAGUAUAUGGAGGUUAAAUCACAUUACACACCUAGCAAUUCAAUAAAGAAAUCACUUAGUCUGGAUGAAAUUGCCGACUCUGUGGCUAGUGAUUUCUUAAAGAUGCUGGAAAUUGAACAUGGUCCAUUUAGCUUGAAUUCUGACAAUGCUGUUGAGUCUCCUAGAGAACGUCUGUUGAGAGAAUUUGAGAAUGAAGCCUUAGCUUCCAGUGACUUCAUCUUAAAUUUUGGUGCUGGGGGAGAAGAGGAGGAAGUUGGAUCCACCACUCCUGGUCCUUGUCACGGGGUUAAUUACGAUGAUUUUGCUUUCUCUUCAGUUAUUCUGCCCAGGAAGGAGCAGGAGGAAAGUCAGUCACUGGCAAACAGAAGGUCGAUCAAAAUGCUUGAAUACUUGGAGACUGAAGCCUUGAUGUGUGAGUGGGGCUUAGAUGAGAAUGCAUUUCAAAGUUCUCCGUGCGUUCAGACUGAUGGAUUUGGAAGUCCAAUAGAGUUUUCAUCAGAACAAAGUGAAUUACCUCCACUGGGAGAAGGCUUUGGACAUUUCAUUCCAACAAAGGAUGGAGGUGUCCUGCGGUCCAUGAAUCCUUUACAUUUUAUAAAUUGUAAAAAUGUUGGGUGCCCGGCCAUCCAAGUAUCUAGAGCUGCUGUGUUUCCUGCAAGAUUGGGUACUGAUGUUAUGGAGAUAUUACAAAACUUGGCUUCACUUGGAAUUGAGAAUCUUUCCUUGCAUGUAAACAAAUUAAUGCCUUUGGAGGAUAUUACUGGGAAAACAUUGCAACAAGUUGCACUGGAAGCUGCAUCCAGAGCUAUAAUGCUAGAGAGGUGGGAUGAGUUGCAGCAAGAAUUACUAUGUGAGCGUGAUUCAUUUGAUCAGAGAAAUGAAGUUGAAGGAUUUCAAUUUUGCUGGACUUGCGAUAAUCUGAGCUCAGGUCUCGUAUGUGGUCAGAUUGACCCAGGUUGUGUAUCUAUGGAAAACCUUGUUCCAUCGGUCAUGAGUAGGAUUGAAGUCCUUGCAUUAGAGGGUUUGAGAAUUCAAUGUGGCAUGUCAGACGAGGAUGCACCAUCAAGCAUCAGUCCUUUUUCCUCAAGCAACAUGCCAUUUAUUGUAGGCAAGAAUUCAAAUUUCAGUAAGUUACUCAGUUUUGAGGGAGCUGCAAGUUCACAUUCCCUGGACCUGGAUUUUGGAUAUGAUGUUGAUUAUGUUAAUAGAUUAAUGAGCCUUUCCAUAACAUUGGAUGAGUGGUUACGGCUGGACGCUGGGAUUAUAGACCACGGAGACCAUAUUAGUGAUCAUAAGAUCCAGAUCCUUGAGGCUCAUCAAGCCAAGUGCCUUGAUUCAGUUAGUGGAAAAUUGAUAAAACGUGUUAACUUAGGUAAAGCAUCUGGUAGAGAGCAUGGGCUGUUGGGGAACAACUUUACGCUUGCUGUCAUGGUGUUGCUCAGAGAUCCCCUUCGAAACUAUGAACCAAUCGGCACUUCGAUGAUUGCUUUAAUUCAAGUAGAGCGAGUUUCUCUUGCUAUAGAGCCAGAGAGAGAUGAGCAAGAGAGCCCUGAGUCCGAAGUCGCAGAAGAAAAAGAUGGUGCUCCAUUUUUCUUAAUCACUGAAGUCCAUCUUGCAGGGUUAAAUACUGAGCCUCAUAAGCAGCAUCUUUGGGGUAGCAAAGCACAGCAACAGUCCGGGACACGCUGGUUGCUUGCUAGUGGCAUAGCUAACUCCAAUAAGAAAACGUUUUCGAAGUCAAAAGCGAUGGUAAGAUACUACCCAUCAAUGAUGAGAAAGAUGCAGCCUGGGAAUGUGCUAUGGAGUCUAACCUCAAAUGUUCAUGAAACUGGAACAAAUUGGAAUGAAUUGGCAGAUUUUGGUCCACAUUCUCGAAACCCUAAUGUCAUCCUCCCAAAUUAAGUCGUCAUAUUUGUUGUAGAAUGCUGUUUUUGAGUUGUUACUAUGAAUAUGAAUAUACCUAUGUGCAGAGUUCAGUGAGUUUAAGCAUUUUUUAUUUUAGUUCCUAUAUGUAACAGCCAGCUUUUCUGCAACUAUAGUUGUCUAGAUUGUAUAGUCCAAUAAGAAUCCAUUUUACAGUUGAAUACCCAUUUCAAAGGUAAUCAAUUCAUAUCCAUUUGAUAAAUGAAGCAUAUAGCUAAAGUUUUCUGCC